AUGAAGGAAACUCCAGUCACUACUACAUCAUUAUCGGAACCAAAAGCAGAAAAGAAGAUUCGUGGAUUAUUGACAGUUGUCAAUCACAAUAGUAUGCUUGAUGAACCAAUCUUAAUGUCAGGUUUGGCUCCAAUGAGUUGGUUCUUUAAAUCUGAUAUUAUUAGAUAUGCUGUAUGUGCAUCUGAUAUGUGUUUUGGACACUUUUUAUUGGGAGAAUUCUUCAAGACUGUUAAAGUACUACCUAUCAAGAGAGCUGGAGGUCUGGAACAAUCUGCAAUGAAAUUAAUUGUACACAAACUUUCAACUGGAGGUUGGCUUAAUAUUUUCCCUGAAGGUAAAAUUUAUGUGGACGGUGAAAUUCACCAAUGUAGAAGAGGAAUAGGAAAACUGAUCUAUGAUUGUGAUCCAACUCCAUACAUUUAUCCAAUCUAUCACAAAGGAUUACCAGAUGUUUUACCUUAUGAUGGCAUUGUUCCACGUGUAGGCAAACAUAUUACCAUCAUGUUUGGAGAUGAAAUUAGAGUGGACGAUAUCAUUGAGAAGGGACGAAACAAGGAAAUUUCAGAAGACCAAGUCUACAUUCAACUUGCUGCCAGAGUAGAAGAAGGAAUGAAAGAAUUGAAGAGAAAAUGUGACGCUCAAAUUGAACAAGACAAAAAACAAUCCCAUUAA